AAGAUGGCGACGAUCGGGGAGAGCACGUGCGUUUGUUGUGGCUCGCACGAGGACGUGUUUCUCUUCCGCCUUCAGGAGUCUAUAGAUUUUCGAGGGAAAAUCGCCCUUCUUCGCAUGUUCGGGCUUCCAUCCAAUCUUCAGUCUCUCGAGCAUCUCGAGGCAGAUGUGUGCUCCCAUUGUGAUGUGGAUCUCAGAAGCAUCAUCUCAUUUGUAAACAUGUGCUGCACUACCUGGAAGAAACUUGGCUUCCAGACACCUAGAAACAGCAUUGUAACAAGGUCUCUCAGGAAACUUCAUAUCCGUAGGAGUAGCACAGUGAGAGACAAGUUGGGCUAUGGACAAAAACGACUGGCAAGAUCCACUACACAUGUUAUUGAGGAAAAUCUUGAUCCUGACUUCAGUUUCCCUCAAGCAUCAUUAGAGGUGGCUUCUGGUGAGACCAUGGAAGUGGCCUCACAACCAUCUUUACCAGCAAAGGGUUCAAAAAAGUACACAUGUGAGGAGUGCCAUGAGAACUUUAGUAGUGGGAAAGCAUUUGCAUCUCAUUGCUUGGAAGCACAUGGAAGUGUGCGACCUUUUAAAUGCCCAUCUUGUGAGAAGAGGCAAGACCCUCAUUGUUAUUCAAAGAUGAUCGAACAGCAAGGAUUCAUGCCCUGGUGCAUGACGAGGCCCACAAUUAUUGUUGUGAUAUAUGUGGUAAAGUUUUCCAACAACCAGCAGCACUUUCAAAUCAUAAACGGAGAUGUCAUUCUGACCAGCCUAGUAAGUAGACCCCUUAUCCUCAUCUUAUUCAUUUGCCCUGUUAAUCAUUCAUCACAUAUCUCUUUCAAAGAAUCGCAAAACUCGAAGAAGGAGCAUUGUCGAUGCUCUGAUUGUGGCCGGAUCUUGGCCAGCAAGUCUGAGUUGAAUCGUCAUAUUCAGACAGUGCAUGAAAUGCGCAGAGACCAUCUCUGUAGCAAAUGUGGGAGGUCCUUCUCAUCCAAUACCUCUUUAACAGGUAUGCCAUCAUGCAUUUGA